AUGAAAUCUAUUCUUUUACUUCUAGCCGCUUAUGCGGUGACUUUAGUCUCUGCGUACAGCAACUAUGGCGCCUAUGAGAGAGUCUUUUACUGGUACGCCUACCAGGUUGAUGCCGAUGUUCACAAUGGGGUUCCUCAAAUCAUUGCUCCCGCUUGCAAAGGCGCGAAAAAACGGUGUAACUUUGCGGAAUUCAUCGCCUACAUUGAGAAAGAAAAGGCAGGUGUUAAGCCCACGGGCUUUACCGAUGAUAUGGAUGUCGACACGAGAGCUGAAAGGCUUAUGGCUCAGCAAUUUACGGGCACAUACGAGGGCACGAGAAUUAUUCAAGGGCAGUCAGAUGAUGAACAGGUUGUCACGAGACUGAUGAAAGAGAUUGGUACAAAAUUCCGGAAAGAAGCUUUCAUGCAGCAGGCAGAAAAGAAAAGUCAGGUUAACCUCAGUCAAAUGAGAACAGCCAUCAAGCGCGUGCAUUAUCUCAGAGGUGUGGAAUAUUCAAAUGAUCUCAUACAGGGAUUGAAAGACAACGAUAUCUCUGUGAGAACCAAGAAGAAGCAGUUCAGAUACAAGCUUGAUGAUUUUGCGGAUUUCGUUGAUGUCAAAGGAACACGCGUUGCAAAUCCCAAAGUCACUGACGCGGAAUGGGCCGAAUUAUUGAGAAAGCUCUACAAAAAACCAGCUGCUGGGCAGGAGGGUUCUGGCUCAAAGCUAGGAAUUCAUGCAGCACUUUAUCUAUCUGUGAAAGAGACCAUGGAGAAUGUUAUUGUUAGGCCGUGCAAAUCCUAG